GAGAAAAAAAGGCUGAUAUUUGUGGGAUGACAUUGUCUCUGCUCCACCCAAUUGAAUACGGCAAUUCUUGAGCCACGUCAUCCAUCAACAUCCCAAGCAACCAAUGAGAAGCAAUUGCGAGUGGAUAACCAAGCAGCUUCCAGCCCCAUACUUUACACCCGUUACCCAAACUCACUUGCAAUAUAUCCCUCUCCACCCUUCCCUGCUGUUUCUCCAAUCAGCAAUCCAUUCCCAAGCACCGCUCUGCUCUGUUCAUCCUUCUCAGAGCCAGACAGAUCAGAGAACCAAUGGCCACCACCUUUGCAUCUGCAGCCGUUGCCAUCUCCUCCUUCACGGGCCUCAAGGCAGAGACCCCCAAGACUGUCUGCGCGAAGCAAUGCAGCAGCGGCAGCGCAGGAGCCGUCAAGGCCGGCGCCAUCAGAGCUUCCCUUAAGGACGUUGGUGUGGCUGCAGCCGCUGCUGCCGCAAGUUUGGUGCUGGCCAGCAAUGCCCUGGCCAUCGAUGUGAAGCUCGGCAGCGACGAUGGCGGUCUCGUCUUCGAGCCCAGUGCGUUCACAGUGUCCGCUGGGGAGAAGAUCACCUUCAAGAACAAUGCAGGGUUCCCUCACAACGUGGUGUUUGAUGAGGAUGAGGUUCCAUCUGGGGUUGACGCCGGCGCCAUCUCCAUGCCCGAGGACGCUCUGUUGAAUGGGCCUGGGGAGACAUAUGAGGUGACCCUGAGCACCAAGGGCGAGUAUUCUUUCUACUGCGCUCCCCACCAAGGUGCUGGCAUGGCGGGCAAGGUCACAGUUAACUAGGAGAGGAAAGGGGGUAAUGCCAUCGUCUCAUUAGUCCAAUCUUGUCGACCUUGUUGUUUCGUUUCUUCAAGAAGCCUGAGGUGUUAUUUGGUUUUGUACCUCCAUCAUCAUUGUACAUUUAGAACCUUCAGUUCAGAGACUUUUGGCCAUUACUGAAACUGUGAAUCCUGAAAUAUUUUUGCGAAAAUCCAUUUUAUCCCCCCUAUUAAUUCCAA